AUGGGGGAAGACUUUUCCGGGCUCUCAGUCUGGGUAGACGUCAGUACAGAGUGUCAUAUGUUACAGCUUUUCAGAUCACCUAGCAUGAAGUACGGAGAACUAUCUGGCGUUGAUCCGUGUACCCAAGUAUGUGGCGAAUACAUCAUUAAAACUUCAGCCCGCAUCGAGGAGACAAACUUCCUCAGAAUUCAAACUUCUUUGGCGCAAAUAAAUGAUGGUGAGUAUGAAGAUGAUGAUAGUGAUAGUGAUUGUGAAAGUGAUUAUAAAGACGAUGGUGAGUAUGAAGAUGAUGAUAGUGAUAGUGAUUGUGAAAGUGAUUAUAAAGACGAUGGUGAGUAUGAAGAUGAUGAUAGUGAUAGUGAUUGUGAAAGUGAUUAUAAAGACGAUGGUGAGUAUGAAGAUGAUGAUAGUGAUAGUGAUUGUGAAAGUGAUUAUAAAGACGAUGGUGAGUAUGAAGAUGAUGAUAGUGAUAGUGAUUGUGAAAGUGAUUAUAAAGACGAUGGUGAGUAUGAAGAUGAUGAUAGUGAUAGUGAUUGUGAAAGUGAUUAUAAAGACGAUGGUGAGUAUGAAGAUGAUGAUAGUGAUUGUGAAAGUGAUUAUAAAGGUGAUGGUGAUUGUGAAGUCGACAAUUGCGAACCAGUUGAGUCACUGAGUCACCUCAACCGAGAUCCUGGUAUGAUCUGA